UGAAGUAGAUCUGAAUAUCAUUUAAGUCACGUCAUUUCAUUCAACUACUACUGCCCAGUCGAAAAUUUGUAUAAGCAUCAAAAUGAGCGGAAGAGGCAAAGCAGGAAAAUCGAAAGGCGGUAAAUCCAAGACCAGGUCGUCCCGUGCCGGACUCCAGUUCCCGGUCGGUCGUAUCCAUCGUCUGUUGAGAAAAGGAAACUACGCCGAACGUGUAGGAGCCGGAGCACCGGUUUACUUGGCCGCCGUAAUGGAAUAUUUGGCUGCCGAAGUAUUGGAAUUGGCUGGUAACGCUGCCCGUGACAACAAGAAGUCUCGUAUCAUCCCUAGACAUUUGCAAUUGGCCAUCAGAAACGACGAGGAGUUGAACAAAUUGUUAUCCGGAGUAACUAUUGCUCAAGGCGGUGUGCUACCCAACAUCCAAGCCGUACUCCUACCAAAAAAGACUGAAAAGAAAGUUUAAGAAAUACAAUAGCAUGUUGUAUUAGUGUAUUAUUUUUUGUUUAAAACGGUCCUUAUCAGGGCCACAAAUUAUUAUUACAAAUAUUUUCCUUUAAUUUAGUUUUAUCUAAUCAUAAAAUAUACAUACUUUAUAAUAU